AUGGAAAAAUUUUGGAUCAUUGAAGAUGACGCAUCGCCAGCAUACUCAAUACAGGAAACGCUUUGCGAAAAUCACUUUCGAGACACUGUUUCCCGCGACAUCGAUGGUCGAUAUUGCGUUCGUCUUCCACUGAAAUGCGAAGAACUGAGCAAAUUGGGAGAUAAUAAACAAAGAGCAUUUCAUCGAUUUCGUCUCAUCGAGCGUCGAUUAGGUCGCGAUGCUAGGCUUGCUAGUCAAUAUCGCGAAUUUAUGGAGGAGUACAUACGGCUCGGGCAUAUGAAGCGCAUUAGUCCAGUACAAGCAGAAACAAAACCAUCAUUCUUCUUACCACACCAUCCUGUAAUUCGAGAAGCAAGCAGUACGACCAAGCUUCGGGUCGUGUUUGAUGCAUCAUGCAAGAGUGAAACAUGA